GUGGCUUAUUAUGAAAACCUUUGAUUGGAUCCUGUCUACAUUUACUUUGUUGGAGUUCUAAAAUGGCAAACCAACAUCUAGACUUUACAAGCAAAGUCGAGGAGGGCUGCCUAAAGGACAAAGAGACAGAAAAUCAAAGGGGAGAACAACACAAUGAGGCUCUUCUCCUUGCAAAUCCAUGGAAACCAUGGCAACGAUCCCGCUCCUUGGUCAAAGAGAGCCUGGUGUGGGUGAGGCGUGGGCUGGGCCUGCUGGGGGGAAUGGAGUGGUACUGCUUCGCUGCUCUGGGAGUCCUGGCAUCUUUCCUCAGUUUCCUCAUGGAUCUUAGUGUGACCAAGCUGUUGCGAGCUCACCAGUGGCUGUAUGUGAAACUAGAGGGGCACAUGCUGCUUCAGUUUCUUUGCUGGACCCUGUAUCCCGUCUCCCUGUGUGCUCUCUCCUCCUCAUUCACGCACAACAUCUGCCCAUUUUCAGCAGGUUCUGGGGUUCCUGAGGUGCGAACAAUGCUGUCAGGUGUGGAGAUGCCUCAUUACUUGUCUGUGACCAACCUGUUUGUCAAGGUUGUGGGUCUCGUCUGCACCUUGGCAGCCGGUACUUCAGUGUUCCUGGGGAAAGUGGGCCCAUUUGUUCAUAUAGCCACCAUGUUGGGAGCUUAUCUGAACCGUCUAGCCACUCUUCUCAGUGGAAAAAAAGAGGAGAGACCAGAGAGGGCCAUGCUGGCAGUUGCUUCAGCAGUUGGGGUAGCUAGCUGCUUUGGGACUCCCAUUAGUGGUGUGCUGUUCAGUGUGGAGGUGAUGUCUUCUCACUUUCCCCUGAGGGACUACUGCCCGGGAUUCUUCGCCGCGGCGUGCGGAGCCGUGACCUUCCGUCUCCUCGCUGUGUGGAGCGGGGAAGGAGAUACUGUUCAGCCCUUGUUUAAAACCAGCUUCUCCGAUGACAAGCCGUUCUAUCCACUUGAGAUCCUGGCCUUUUCUACAGUGGGACUGCUGUGCGGAGCUGCCAGCUGUGUCUACCUCUUCUGCCACCGCUCCAUCCUGCGCCUCGUCAAAACCAACAGAGUCCUCGCAAAGAUGUUGACGACAGAGAAAGCCCUCUACUCAACCAUGCUGGUGUUCCUCCUGGCCUCCAUCACAUUCCCUCACUCUGCAGGUCAAUACAUGGCUUCCAAGUACACCAUGAAGGAGCUCCUCUCCUCUUUACUGGACAGCAGGCGAUGGGACUCCAAAUCCCACAAUGCAUCACUGGAGCUGGGGUCAGAGUUGAGUCCUUGGUCAGAGUGGAGCCCUACAGGGAUUCCAGUCCACGCUACUCUGGUGUGCUUUCUGGUGAUGAAGCUGUGGAUGCUUGUCUUGGCUUGCACCUUACCCAUCCCCGCUGGCUACUUCAUGCCUGUAUUUGUCUACGGUGCUGCGCUGGGCCGUCUGGUUGGAGAAACGCUGGCUCAUGUCGUCCCAGAGCAGGGUGGGAGUCCCAUCAACCCCGGCGGCUACGCACUCGCUGGUGCAGCAGCCAUGUCAGGAGCGGUCACACACACUCUGUCGCCCGCUCUCGUGGCUCUGGAGAUGACGGGCCAGUCCUCCCAUGCCGCCCCCGUCAUCCUGGCCACCCUCAUAUCCAACGCUCUGUCUCGCUCCGGGAAGAGGCCGUCUUUUUACGACGCCAUUUCCCUCUCCAAGAAGCUCCCGCACCUCCCCUCCUUACUUAGAGCCUGCCCCAAGAUUUCUUCUGUCUGCCUGGGACAGGUUCUAGGCCCUUUAUGGGCCUUGCUUGAGAGGGGCGUUGGGCCCAGGGAGGUUCAGCAGGUCCUCGACACUUACACAGACCCGGAGAUUGCCGUGGUGGAAUCACUGGACUCGCCGAUUCUCCUGGGUUCAGUGAAACGGUCAGACCUGCAGAUGUUUCUCUCCCACACCAAAGAUAAUGUUUUGAAAUCACUGGAGGACGUCUGUUCCAUCAAAUCACCUUCUCUCCAGAUCUCCAAUGACACCACAAUUGUGGAGGCUCACGGCGUGAUGAGUGUGAUGUGUGCAGAGAUCUUGUACGUGACUGAGAGAGGGAGGCUGGUUGGAGUCAUCACAUGGCUGGAGAUGAAAAGAAUAAUGGAAAACUUGGCUAAAGACAUCUAACGCAUCUGUGAGCCCAGAAGCCCGACUAAUAUCAACUGUAAUAAUGACACGUUGUUUCACUUCAUCCUCAUUCUGAGAUAAGAUUGUUUCCUCCAGGCAGCAGUCAUUUGGCUUCGGGGCCAUAUGAUAAACAUCUAUUAGAGCUUCUUGAUGAAGCACUUCUUGUAAUUACGUAAACCUUUAGCCAGCCAUAGGUGUUGG